AAUCACACAUGCGGCCUUGGACAUGAACCCCCUCCGAAACAGCCUUAUCCCCAAGGUCUCAUCCCCAACAACCCUCCUCCACCGACCGAUACCCCCCGAUCCCAACCCCAGAUUUUGCGCCGAACACGCCCACAACGCCGAUACAACUCCAACCCCGCGGAAAAACAUCACCCCAAGAGCGACACACCACCUGCACCCGCACAGCCUUCACACUCUUCAAAUGUUCCUCCAUCGCAGCCACCAGACAGAAUACCCGCGGCCGUCGCCGCAGCCGGAGCAACGACCACACCUGUGCGCCGUGGACUCCGCGAGGUGAUCAAGGCUAGUCCUGUAGGGAGGUUUGGGAGAUGGUAUGCACGCGCGCAGGAGCGCAAGCCGUACACGACGCAGUUCUGGAGCUCGAUCGUUAUCUACCUGUUUGGGGAUCUGAGUGCUCAAUUGCUGUUUCCGUCGGAAGUUCCUGCGCCCGUGAAGGAAGGUGAGGUUGAUGGGCAUGAGGGGGCAACUGUCAGUGCUGGAUAUGAUCCGCUUAGGACGUUGAGGCAUUUGUGUGUUGGGGCGGGAUCGAGUAUCCCUUCUUAUAACUGGUUCCUCUUCCUCGGAAACCACUUCAAUUACCCGAGUAAAUUCCUCUCGAUCUUGACCAAGGUCGUCGUACAGCAGACGUGCUUCACACCGGUAUUCAACACAUACUUCUUCAGCAUGCAAUCUCUUCUUGCUGGUGCGACGCUCGACGAAACUUGGGAGCGGCUCAAGAAGGCUCUUCCCGUUAGCAUUCAGAACAGCGUCAAGCUCUGGCCUGCUGUCACUGCGUUCAGUUUCAUGUACGUGCCGGCGCAGUUCCGGAACGUCUUCUCUGGGUGCAUUGCGGUUGGAUGGCAGACUUAUCUGAGCUGGUUGAAUCAGAAAGCGGCGAAGGAAGUUGCUGCUGCUGAGCUUGCUGCUGAGGGACUGGGCGUCAGUGCUGGUGGUGCAGUGCAUGCUGGCUCUCGGGGCAUGUCCUGCCCAGAGAGAAUUGACGACUCCAGUGACUAUUCCGACUUCACGCCAGAUGAAGAAGCCAUACUGAACAACCUGCUGAGCCAAGUCGCGGAACACGCGACCGGCGCGAUCGCCACUUCGCCCUUUGCACAUCCACCUCCAAUCGAACCGCCCCCGGCGCCGCCACCACCAGAACUUGACGAGCUACAGACCUUAGCACCAGAAGCCCUAGAGUUGCUUGUCGCAGAUAUCGAGGAUGAGCCACCGGUCGUUCGGCUGCCUAAGGUUCUGGGUCGGGAAGCACCUCGCCGGCCAUGGCAGUGGCAGCAGCAUCGACCGGGCCAGACGGUUAGAUGGGGUGCGAGUGCUAGGGGGAGGUCGAGUCCGUACGCUGGCAACGUCAACAAGUCCAGCCCCCGCCCGUCUGUCGAGCACUCUAGUUCGACCGAGGGACGCGAAAAAGAACGCGAGCGCAUGGCAGCCCGCGAACGAGAAUGGACACGACAGGACGCUCCGGUCGAUACACGAACCCCCGUCGAACGAUUCCGACAAGCACCCAACAAGGCGUUUUCAGUGACCGAUUUGGUCUCGCCUGCGUGGUGCGAGCUACAGUACUGGUAUACUUUGACGAAACAUGGACGGAAGAAGAGGACAGCUGCGAUGAAGAAGGGGAGCUCUAUGCAUAAAACGCUCGAGGAUGAGAUUUACACUACUGUUCCUGUGGAGGUCACGACGAAGGAGGACGCGUGGGGUCUGCGGAUUUGGAACGUCAUUCAGGGAUUGCGCAUGCUGCGUGAGUAUGGGGCCACGCGGGAGCUAGAGGUUUGGGGUGUUGUCGACGGGAAUGUCGUCAAUGGCGUUAUCGAUCAGUUGUCCUAUGAGUGUCCUGACACGGAGCUGGAGGCUACUGCUGCUGCUUUCUAUGCAGGUGUUGUGGAGUCGCGCACUGCGCUGCCGGAGUAUCAGAUGUCCUUGUCGGAAUACUUGCUGUCGUCUUCGCAAGGAGGGAUGAAGCUUUCUGAUUUGGGGCAGAGCGUUGAUGAAGCACCGCCCGUGGUCGAGCAGGAACUGCCGGCGGCUGUCUAUGAUCUACCCCGGAUCUAUCUGACGGACGUAAAGACAAAGGCUAAUCGCUCGUUACCUACUGUCAAGAGCUCGGGGUUCAGACCGACCCUGCUCCAGCUGCAGCUGUAUUACCAUAUGCUCAAUCGGCUGAUCACAAGCGACGACGUCUCCAUUGAUAUACUCGCCGCUCGCUACGACUUCGAUGCAAAGCGCCCGUUCUCAAAUGACUUUGUCUUGGAAGUUGGUGGACUGAACGACCACUUCUUUGAUGCGCUCUCCUCCCAGGAGUCUGAACAGAACGGGGGUCUUCCUACUGCCAGCCAAGACUCAAUGAGCAUGCUCCUAACGCAUAAUAACCUCUCCAGCCUUUGGAGUCUCAUGAUAGAGCAACUCCGCCUCACAUUCCUCCCUGGCUCUUCCCUCGAAACACAACCCGUUGCACCAUCUAUCCCGGCACUCACCCAACCAGAGCUUUUGGAACCAUACUCGACCCUCCUCUCCCCGGUCCUCACUGCCCGAUAUCUAUCCUCUGCCGUCAAUGAAGACUUGGAGAGACAAUUCAUAGGAAGUCGCUCAUUCCUCUUCGACCCCACAAACCUCACCUCCUACCUCACAGAUCAGAUGACCUGGUGGCGCGGCGAGCGAGAUCCUCGCGGCGUGGAUGUCAUGGAUGCGUGGAAAUGUCGCAUCUGUGAAUUCCGUGACGAGUGCUCUUGGCGUCAGGAUCAGGAGAUGACUUAUGCUCGGAGGAAUUGGAGAGCUGGGUCUUCGGCGGACAUUUGA